UGUGUUCCUGGACACUCAGUGUGUCAAGUGUUGCUACAGUUGGAGAUCUACAUUUCUCCCACCAUCAAAAUGACUACCUACAAAGUCACUAUCAAGACUGGGGAAGCUCUGUUUGCGGGAGCCUGGAGUUAUGUGUACUGUACCCUGAUUGGAGAGAGGGGAAACAGCCACAAAACCAAAGUGAACAGAUGGUUCUUUGGUGCCCUGGGCCAGGGAUCUGUGAUUCAGCAUGAAAUCACCAGUGACCAGGACCUUGGAACCAUUCAUUUUGUAGAGCUGACAGUAUCUCCAUUCUUCGUAAAAGAUUACUGGUUCUGCUGUUCCGUGACAGUGGAGAACCCCGAGGGAAACUCUUUCCAAUUCCCCUGCUAUAAGUGGCUGGCUGACUGCACCAUACGCCUCCGGGAAGGAACAGCUAAAAGAGCCUGUGAUGAUUGGUUGCCCAUAUUUCAGUCCCAACGCCAGGAUGAACUGCGGGAGAGACAGCAGCUCUACAGGUGGAAACUCUGGGCCCCCAAUCUGCCAAGGUGUAUUGAUGCUGAGUCAGUGGAUGACCUCCUUGUGGAUUUGAGGUUUAGUUCCGAGAAAGAACGAAAUUUCAAAAUAUCCAUGGCAACAGCCUUUGGAGUCUUGCAAGUGAAGAGGUUUGUGAACAUGUUUGGAGAAUCGUGGACAACCAUUGAAAACUUUGAUAACAUUUUUUGGAAAGUCAAAAGUUCCAUUGCAGUAUAUGUCAGGGAACACUGGAUGGAGGACUGGCUUUUCGGAUACCAGUUCCUGAAUGGCUUCAACCCAGUCCUGAUACAGAAAUGUGGCAAAAUGCCAGUGAAUUUUCCCGUGACAGAUGCCAUGGUCAGGAAUUCUCUUGGCUGCUCCACCCUGGAACAGGAAAUGAAGGAUGGGAACAUCUUCAUUGUGAAUUAUGAGAUGUUGGAUGGGAUUCCUGCCAAUGUCAUUAAAGGCGUCCAGCAGUACCUGGCAGCACCCAUUUGUCUGCUCCACCUUAACAAACAGAACCAGAUGAUGCCUAUUGCUAUCCAGCUGAAGCAAACCCCAGGAGAAGACAAUCCCAUUUUCCUUCCCUCGGACUCUGAACUCGACUGGCUGCUGGCUAAGAUCUGGGUGCGGAGUUCAGAUACCCAGCACUUUGAGCUGAUCUCCCACCUUCUGAAGACUCACCUGAUCGCCGAGUCAUUCAGCGUCGCCACCCUCAGACAGCUGCCCUCCGUGCAUCCCAUUUACAAGCUUCUGGCUCCUCAUGUGAGAUAUACGAUGCACGUAAACACCAAUGCCAGAAAGGAUCUGAUGAGUUCAGAUGGAAUUAUCGCCAAAGCUUUUGGUAUUGGAGCUGAGGGUCUCCUUGUGCUAUCUCAGAAAGAGUUCCAAGCCUUGACCUACCAAUCAUUGUGUCUACCAGAACGUCUGGAGCACCAUGGAGUCAAAGACAUAAAGGGCUACUGUUAUAAGGAUGAUGGCUUGUUGGUAUGGUCAGCGAUUCACAGUUUCGUCUCCAACAUUGUGACAUUCUACUAUGAGAACGACCAGCUAGUAAAGAACGAUCCUGAGCUUCAGGCCUGGAUUCAGGAUCUGACUGAAGUUGGAUUACAAGACCUUAAAAACUCUGGAUUCCCGACAUCGUUGAGUACGAGGGUGGAACUCUGCAAAUUCCUCACCGUGGUAAUCUUCACCUGCAGUGCCCAGCAUGCAGCCAUAAAUAACGGACAGUAUGACUGGGGUGCCUGGGUCCCCAACUCGCCUAUCUCAAUGCGGAAGCCUCCCCCAACCAACAAGGGGAUCGUGACGAUGGAGCACAUCAUGGAAUCACUCCUGGAUGUCACCCAGUCCUGCACCCAGAUGGCAUUUUCCUGGAUCAUUAGCCCUCCACAGCCUGGAAUGAAAAAACUUGGCGAUUACGAGGAAUAUUUCACCGAAGAGGCGGUGAAGGAAACCAUCCAGAAAUUUCAGGAAGAACUGAAAACGAUCAAUCACAUGAUCCAGGAGCGUAACAAGGGCCUGGAUCUGAAAUACGAGUACCUCUGUCCUGAGAACAUCGAGAACAGCAUCACCAUCUAAAGGGCAGAGUGGCCUGGCUCUGAGAAAAGUGUAGUGGAUCCCUCCCAGGCCCCUGAUGGUUACCUGAAUGCUUUUAGAGAUAUUGGAUAAUUAUUUACUAAGGUGGUGGGUUGGGGCAGGAGUUUUGAGUAAUUUUUUGGCUGGAAGUGCCACCCUCAGUGUGUUUUCAAUCACUGUGUUCAGGUAAUUGUGGUGUAAUUAUAGUUUCUGUGUGUCCUCAAGCUUGGGUUGGACAAUCUGCUGCUACAUUUUCACUUCCAGUAUUUCUGGAAAAUCUGGAAUGGUGACAAACAUAGUCUUAUCUUGUAUUUACGGCACAGGGAAAGGCUGUUUGGCCCAACUGCUCUAUGCUGGUCUCCAUCUCCAUCUGACCUUCCUUAUGCCCCUCUUCAUCUAACCCCAUCAACAUACCUUCUUAUUCCUUUCUCACUUUUGUUUACCUAACUUCUCCUUAAAAGAAUCUAAGCUAUUCACGUCAACCACUCCCUGUGGUGGUGAGUUCCAUAUUCUCAUUUCCUGGAGUUAAGAAGUUUCUCUUGAAUUCUCUAUCAGGUUUAUUAAUGACUAUCUUAGAUGUGUGGGCUGUUAACUAUUAAUGGUGUAUUUUUUAUGUUAAGAUACAGAGGUGUAGGGUGUUGUUCAUUAAGUACCUGGAGCACUUAUAAAGGAAGACAGCAGGGAAUAGGUAGGGGACAGACAUUUGGAAUGCUGCAGCCUGUGAAUAAACCAACUAUCACUAAAA